AUGCGUCCAACCUUGUUUAUGAAGUCAUUAGGGAUGAUGGAACAUGGCUUGCUGUCACCGGAAAGAGCAAGGAGGGCUUAUGAGAAGAAGCAGAUGAAACAAAAGCAACUUCGGAUGGGGACUCCUAUAAAAUCUCCACCAGCAUUGUCAUCAAGUAAACCUGAAAGUUCAAAAAGGGCCCAAGUGUCAAAGAACGGUGAAGUAAAAGUGAAGAAAAGAAUCAUCGACAGUGAUGAUGACGACGACUUUAUAUUGAGUCACAAGAAGAGGAAAGGGUAA